AUGUCAAGACCUGUCUUGAAAGAAGUUGAUCCUAACACUGUUUUGGCAGCCAAGGCCCAAAACAAGGAUCCCAGAUCCCAGAACACCCUCUUUUUAAAUAACAAUCUCCGUAUCAGUCAGACGCGUCCUCACUCUGAAGAUGUCACUUUGGUGGAGUGUGAGACCAGUGGUGAUUUUGAUUUCAGCUUCCUGGAUCCGCAGGAUCAGGAUUCAAGACCGGGAAGCACUGGCAGCAACUUCGACAGUUCCCUUAGCAUCGACUACACAAACAUUAAUGAGGUGCUAAAUGAGGUAAUUGAAAAAAGCGAUCUGUCAGACCUCGUCAGAAGAGAGCUCUUCUUCUACACUCAAACGGGGAUGUUGACAUACGAUAAUUUCGACCAACUGUACUCUAAAGUCAAUGCAAAGUCAGGGUCCCACAAUAUUGAGAUAAGGGCAAUUUGUGCAUCCAGCCAGCGAGUCUGGAACACUUCACAAAAAUCUAGCUACAAAGUGGCAAUCUGUCCUAAACGUUGUAUUGCGUUUACAAAGGAAUAUGCUGACUACAAUAGGUGCCCAUGCUGUAAUUCCGAAAGAGAUAACAGCUCCUAUGUAAUCUACAAUUCUGUGAGACCACUGAUUGGCUCAAUCAUGUCUAACCCAUUCUCAAGGGCUCAGAUUGAACUGUCAUCGAGACACAGUGGCAACGAACACAACUUGCCUGUCACACUUAUGGUUGAACAAAAAGUGACGGUGAACAAUGUCGACUAUGAUAUUGUUUCCAUAUCCUUCGAUAAUCUUUACAAGGAACUCAAGUCACGUGAGGAGUCGAUAAAUGUAUGUCUUGCAUAUCCAUGUGCGGACUCCAAAAAUAAGGUACAGUAUUUUCUUGCUCCUUUGAUUGAGGACUUGCAUGAUCUGUAUCACCAUGGUUUAAGAGUGCGUCUGUCAGAAGACGAAUCAGGGUUUUGCAAAUGUACCGUUUCAUCAAUUCUUGGUGCAGACCUUGCUACCACAGCAUCCAUGAUCAGUGCCAUCAAAGGACCUGAUCCAAGAUCCUGGGGAAUAGAUAAUGCGAUAACUACAUUUGCCGAAAUUCCUGGCGUAAACGUACCAGAAUCGUUUCCUCCUGAUUUGAAAGCUCUUCUCUACGAGACUGUUUACGCAAAAGGGAUCCAUCAAAUUUAUUUCGCAAAGGAUAACCCCGGCUUUACGCACGAGCUUGGCAAAUUGAAACAGUCUAUAACCAAAAACCUCUCGCUUACACAACCGAAUUUGGUUCACAGUCUGCUGAAAAAAAGCAGCGCUUUGCAGGUCAAAGGUUCAAGUUGGCAGAUUGGACAUAAAUUAUUCUAUGCAAUUUACUAUGUCACCUGCCUUAAGGCACAGAACAAGGGAGUAGCGUCAGAAUCUACCAUGUUUUUGGUAGAGCUUAAUGCCUAUCUUGAAGUAUACUCCUGUGAUGAUUUGACUGACCAUACAGAAGAGUUCAAAUAUUUCAUAAAGCAGCUUCUCGAUAAACUCAAAAACCUUUGCUUCAAACAUGAAACCCUGAAAAAACUUCAGUCCGUGCCAUGCCAUAUGCUUCUCAACGCUUGUGAUACUCUCAAAAGGCUCAAAAAUAUUGAAAACACUCACUGCAUGGCCAAGGAUAUGUCGCUUCCUUGGGUGAGGAACCUCAAAAGCAAGACGAUGACUUCCGUUGGUGGGCGUUUGCUCAUGAAAAGUAUCCAUGAUUGUCUAUGGUUUACGGAAUUCAAGUACGAUGUUGAACAAGACCAUUGGAAAGCUCCUGGGAAAUGGACAUUUGACAGGCACAACGUUGGACAUCGGAAGUUGCAGUCCAAGAUUCGAAAACGGAUCAUGUGCUCCAGGAAGUUACGCAGUCAAUACCUGCAGUCGGCAGAGAAAAGCGAGAGUGUUUUGGAUAAUAUACGCAUAACUAACUAUGGCACUGCUCUAUUAGACGGAGAGGAAUUUAAGAUUGGCGGAAGCAAGACGUACGCCAAAAUACAACCCCGAUACAAACGUGGAUCCGCAAUUUACGUCAAGAUCCAUGAAUUUGUUGAAAUCGGCUUGAAUGAGUUCCCUAGCAAAUUCGCUAUUGUCGAGAACCUUCAAGAGCUUGUUUUCAAGCACAAGUUACCGAUAGCCAACACAGACAAGAAACUAGUUGUUGGCCGCACUUAUGAUAAAUCUUCUUUCGGAAAAACCGAGAUAGUGGAGGUUGAGAAGUAUACAUGGAAACUGGUUUCUAUGAUACCUCUGGAUGCCACCACAUCAUUUGUUUAUGAUUCGCACCUUUGCUACGACGAUGUAAUAUCAAAAUAA